ACACGUCGCAGUGGAUAACUCUCGGACCUCCUUCCCAAAAACCCAAUUCCAUCGAAUUGGGUAUCACUCACUCCCUCCCCCUUCAGUCUCAGAGCAGCUUCCGAUCACUUCCCUCUCUCGCUCCUUAGCAAUCGGCUUAUAAAACCAAUUUAGAUCCGCCAUGUCGCUUCCAAAUGAAGGAAAUGAUAUGUCCUCUUCUUCCGAUGUUCAGCUGUCAUCUCAUGUUUUUGUGGAUCUCCUCGAUUCGAUCAUUGUUGAUGUUGCAUCUGAGUGUCAUCGAAUAGCGAAGUUGGGUCUUGAUCGUAAGUUUGAAGAAGAGGAAGAAGAACUAAGGCUGUCAGCCCAAGCACGGGUGAGGGUAGCUGAUCCUAGUAAUAGUGGUGAAGCAGAUAGCAAGUACGUGGUUGACAUAUUUGGGCAGAAUCAUCCUUCUGUAGCCAGCGAAGUGUUUGAGUGCAUGAAUUGUGGUCGGCCUAUCGUGGCUGGGAGGUUUGCUCCUCAUCUGGAGAAGUGUAUGGGAAAGGGUAGAAAGGCUCGCCUCAAGGUGACAAGAAGUAGCACGGCUGCACAGACUCGGAAUUCUCGGGGAAGCUCUGCUUCCACAUACUCCACAUAUUCAAAUUCCAACAGCACAAGCCGGUUAUCAAAUGGAGCAUCCGGUGUUGCUGGUGAGGAGUACUCAAAUGGUACAUUGGAAGAGCCAUGAAACAGUUUAAGCACCGGUGAGCUCCCCAAGUUACUUGGAUGCAAUGGAUCUUGCAUACUUGCUUAGUUCGUGAUGUUUGUGGAAAGUCAUGCCCGAUUUUGAAUAGCAGUCUGUUGGUUUACUAUAUGACUGGAGGAAUUAUGUGAUGACAUUCUUUUUCCCAGUACAAAGAAUAGUGCCUUGUAUACAACGUUCUUAACCACAUCUUGAAUGAUAAUUCUAAAUCUCAUAAAAGUUAAUUCUGUCUUCAAA